AUGUGGGUCAGUGUGGCUGUUGUCGGCGCCGCACUGGUUGUGCCGGCGCCCCCGCCCCGGCGGCGGCGGCGCGGCGGCAAAAGCGAGGGCGGCACCGGCGCCAGCCGGCACGUGGCGGAGAGCCCGCUGCUGAUGGCGCAGCUGCAGGAUUUCGCCUGGACCGAGGGCGAGCUGUCGCGGCGAAAAGAGGAGCGAGACACCGCCGCGGGCGGCCGCACGCGCAACGAGCCCAUGUUCUGCUUCGAAACCGCUGCCAAGCUGUUUUUUUGGUCCUGUCUGACCUACGAAGACUUUGGAGACCACGACCGCUUCGCGGCCGACGCCCCAGAGAACGGCCAGCAGCAGCCCAAGCCGCCGGAGCCCCGCGGCAGUCGGAGCGCGAGCGCGAGCGCGACCGCGGCCGGCGGGGGCGGGGCCGGGGUGGCGGAGGACGGCGCGGCGCCGGGCGCGCCCGCGGCGGCGGCGGCGGCGGCCUCGCUGGCGGAGACGGUGUUGGAGCAGCUAGCAAAAGGGAUGGCACUAUAUGGGCUCACGGUGCACAAGAUCGUGUACGACCCAGUCAGCCAUGUCAAGGCGCUGUUCUCCUGGAGCAACGACACAGUGGUCGUCAGCUUCAGGCGCACGGGCUCGCCGCUCACGACCGCCGCUGUUAUGACAUGCUUUGACCAAUUCUGGCGCGUGGCGGUGACCGCGCAGGGCGCGCACGAGGCGGUGCAGACGGCGGCUGGGUGGUGGCGCCCCUGGCUGCGGCGGCAGCCCAAGGUCCACUCAGGCUUCAUGAGGUGUUGGAGGUCACGCUCUGGCCUAGACAGGCGCGUGAUGGCGAUGCUGUCUUCUCUGGUGGACAACAGCCUGGCGCCAGAGCGGCUCACCAUCUACCUCACAGGCCACUCCCUGGGCGGCUCCCUGGCCACCCUCUGCGGGUACGAACUUCUGAAAAAGUAUGGUGGAGAGGGCGGGAGGCUGAGAAGAGAUCAGGUCAAGGUGUACGGCUUCGGCGCACCGCGCACCGGCAACCACGCCUUCGCUCAAGACUACGGCCGCACGGUGCCAGACACCUGGCACGUCAUCAACGACCAGGACGUCGUGCCGCGGGGCGGGAAGUUCCUGACGCUGUACAAGCGCAACGGGCACCGCGUCAUAGUCAACAGGGCGGCAGUCAGGGUGCAUUAG